AUGGCUGAAACUUUAUAUUUCAGCGUUCUUCUCAUAGCUCUCUGUUCAUUAUCUGAAUGCAUUCAGCGCCGCUAUCAUCAUAUAAACAUGAAGAUGACCUGGACUGAAGCUCAGAGAUACUGCAGAGAAAAAUACACAGAUCUGGCCACAGUCAACAACAUCAACGACAUGAAUCAACUGAUCAUGAGUGUGAAUAGCAGUAAGAUUUCAUUUGUCUGGAUUGGCCUGAUGAAUACAGGUGUUUAUAAAUGGAAGUGGUCUCUGGGUGAUCCUGUGAAAUACACAAACUGGUCUAAUGGAGACUCGAAUGGUCCAGGUCAUUGUGUUUAUAUGAGAGAUGGAUCAUGGCAUCAUCAGGACUGUAGUGUGAACAUGAGAUUCAUCUGCUCCAAUGAGAUCAGUAAAGGAUUCAUCAUUGAUGGUUCUUCAGUAUCAUGGAGAGCCGCUCAGAUCUUCUGCAGACAGCAUCAUACUGAUCUGACCAGUGUGAGGAAUCAGACUGAGAAUCAACAGAUUCAGAAGAUCAUGAAUGACAAACACAUAUCUGAAGUCUGGAUUGGUCUGUUCAGUGACUCAUGGGAGUGGUCAGAUGAGAGCGAAUCUGGAUUCAGAAACUGGAUGUCUGGUGAACCUAAUGGUGGUACUACUCCACUCUGUACAGAGGUUAUGAUGAAUUAUCAGGGUCAAUGGAAUAAUAUGCCUUGCAGUAUCUCUCAGACCUUUGUGUGUCAUGAAGAUAAUCUGAUAUUGAUCCAGAUGAAUCUGAGCUGGUCUGAAGCUCUGAGAUACUGCAGAGAGAAUCAUGUGGAUCUGGUUUCAGUUGAUUCAGAGGAGAUUCAGUUCAUGGUGACUAAAGUGAUUCAUCAGUCCUCUACUGAUGCUGUGUGGAUGGGGUUACGUCACUCCUGUGCUCUGGGUCUUUGGUUCUGGGUGAAUGGAGAGAUGGUCUGCAAUCAGAAUUGGGCUCCAGGGAACGGGACAUCAGAUGCGAAUUGUGACACUGUAAAAUCUGGAGCAGUUCAGUCUGGAGGAGAUCAUCUAUGGAUCAGCCUUCCUGAAUCUCAACGACUCAACUUCAUCUGCAUCAGAAAAUAAUCAAAUCACUUAUGUCUAUAACUUCCUUUUUGUUCUUUGUUAAUUAUUGAUUUUCAGUUAUGUUAUGAUUUAUUCUUUAGCAAAGGGGCAAUGGAAAAGUUGAUGAGAAUAAACACAACUUGCAUUGUGUCAUCUCAAACUAAUCUCUCAUAUCAUUCUAAGGAUAUUUUGAUUGAUGAUUUUCUAUAGUAAUAAACAGUAGGCCUAUGUCUUAUUUUAGUUUUUUUAAUCUUGUUUCAUAUGUGUUUUUUUUUUUAUUGUAUUUAUUAAAAAUAAAUGUUUCUUCAGUUUAUUUGGCAUAAAAAGUAGCAUUAAAACUCCAUUACAC